CUGCGGUGCCUGACACCCCACAGUUCACACGCCUUCAAGGGUCUUGUUCCUUUCAGUCAUGUCUUUCAGAGUUCUUCUGAUAACAGCCCUGGCCUUAUGUCAUGGAUUCAAUCUGGACACUGAAAAUCCCAUGACCUUCCAAGAGAAUGCAAGAGGCUUUGGGCAGAGUGUGGUCCAGCUUGAUGCAUCCCGUGUGGUUGUUGCAGCCCCCCAGGAGGUAAAGGAUGUUAACCAGACAGGCGUCCUCUACCAGUGUGACUACAGCACACGGAGGUGCCAGCCCAUUGCCCUGCAAGUACCCCCAGAGGCUGUGAAUAUGUCCUUGGGCCUGUCCCUGGUUGCCUCUACGAGCCCUUCCCAGCUGCUGGCAUGCGGCCCCACUGUGCACCAAAACUGCAAGGACAACACCUACGUGAAUGGUCUGUGCUAUUUAUUUGGCUCCAACCUGCUGAGGCCACCACAGCAGUUCCCAGAGGCUCUCAGAGGAUGUCCUCAGCAAGAGAGUGACAUUGCCUUCUUGAUUGAUGGCUCUGGUAGCAUCAGCAACAAUGACUUUCAGAAGAUGAAGGAGUUUGUCUCAACUGUGAUGGGCCAGUUUUCAGAGUCUAAAGCCUUGUUCUCUUUGAUGCAGUACUCUGAUGAUUUUCGGACUCACUUCACCUUCAGUGAGUUCAAGAAAUACCCUGACCCAGGAUUUCAUGUGAGUCCCAUAAGGCAGCUGAAUGGAAGGACAAAAACUGCCACGGGGAUCCGUAAAGUAGUGAGAGAACUGUUUCAGAAAGCCAGCGGGGCCCGGGAGAAUGCUGUGAGGAUCCUCGUUGUCAUCACAGAUGGAGAAAAAUACGGUGAUCCCUUGAAUUACGAGGAUGUCAUCCCUGAGGCAGACAGAGCGGGGAUCAUUCGCUAUGUUAUUGGGGUGGGAAGUGCCUUCACCAAAGAUCAUUCCCGAGAAGAGCUCAACACCAUUGCAUCUAAGCCAGCUAGGGAUCACGUGUUCCAAGUGAACAACUUUGAAGCUCUGAAGACCAUUCAGAACCAGCUUCAGGAAAAGAUCUUUGCAAUCGAGGGCACGCAGACAGGAAGUUCUAGCUCCUUUGAGCAUGAGAUGUCUCAAGAAGGCUUCAGCGCUGCCAUCACCUCUAGCGGUCCCUUGCUGGGCUCUGUGGGGAGCUUUGACUGGGCAGGUGGAGCCUUCCUGUACACAUCAAAAGAUAAAGCCACCUUCAUCAACACAACCAGAGUGGAUUCAGACAUGAAUGAUGCUUACUUGGGUUAUGCUUCUGCAGUCAUCUUGAGGAGCCGGAUUCAAAGCCUGGUCUUAGGAGCACCUCGCUAUCAGCAUACUGGCCUGGUGGUGAUGUUCAGGCAGAAUUUCGGUGCCUGGGAGGCACACACUGACAUCAAGGGCAGCCAGAUUGGCUCUUACUUUGGGGCCUCCCUCUGUGCUGUGGACACGGACGGUGAUGACAAUACCAACUUGAUCCUCGUUGGGGCCCCUCAUUAUUAUGAGCAGAACCGAGGAGGCCAGGUGUCAGUGUGUCCCUUGCCGAGGGGGAGAGCACAGUGGCAGUGUGAGGCUACUCUCCAUGGUGAACAGGGCCAUCCCUGGGGUCGCUUUGGGGCAGCUCUGACAGUGCUGGGGGACGUGAAUGGGGACAAGCUGACAGACGUGGCCAUCGGGGCCCCGGGAGAGCAGGAGAAUCAGGGUGCUGUCUACAUAUUUCACGGAGCAUCGGCAGUCAGCCUCAGUGCCUCUCACAGCCAGCGGAUCGCAGGUGCCCGCGUCUCCCCUGGGCUCCAGUACUUCGGGCAGUCUCUGAGUGGGGGCAAAGAUCUCACAAUGGACGGCCUGAAAGACCUGGCUGUGGGUGCCCAGGGGCACCUCCUGCUGCUCAGAGCCCAGCCCGUGGUGAGACUUGAGGCAACCAUGGAGUUCAGUCCCAAGAGUAUAGCAAGGAGCUUGAUUGCGUGUCAAGAACAAAUAUCUACAAACAAGGAUGCUGGGGAGGUCAGAGUCUGCCUCCGCGUCCGCAAGACCACCAGGGAUCGUCUGCAAGAAGGGGAUAUCAAGAGCAGUGUUACUUAUGACUUGGCUUUGGACUCUGACCGCACAAAAGUCCGUGCCUUUUUUGAUGCGACAAAGAACAACACAUAUAGGCGCAGCCAGACCUUCGGAUUGGCACAGAAAUGUGAAACCCUGAAGCUAUAUUUACCGGGCUGUGUGUACGAUUCAUUGAGUCCCAUCAUGCUGCGCCUCAAUUAUACAUUGGUUGGGGAGCCACUGCGCUCCUCUAGGGACCUCCGGCCAAUUCUGGAUGAGGGUGCCCAGAGGUCCUUCACAGCUCUGUUUCCCUUUGAGAAGAACUGUGGCAAUGACAGCAUAUGCCAGGAUGAUCUCAGCGUCACCAUGAGUUCCAUGGGCCUCGAUGCUUUGGUGGUGGGAGAUCCCCAGGGCUUAAAUGUGAGGGUGACUGUGAGAAACGACGGUGAGGACUCCUACAGUACCCAGGCUACCAUCUACUACCCAUCUGGCUUGUCUUACCGGAAGGUGUCAGUGAGCAAGGACCAGCUCUCCCAGAAGUCUUGGUUUGUGAACAUAUCUGAGCCCAGCUCUUCCACUGAAGGAAAUGGGCCUCUGAAGAGUACCACCUGGGACAUAAACAAGCCCUUAUUUCCUGCUAAUUCCAAGGUCACCUUUAAUGUCACAUUUUACGUGGACUCUGAUGCUUCCCUUGGGAACAAACUGCUCCUCAAGACUAAUGUCACCAGUGAGAACAACAUGUCCAGGAGCCACAAGACUGAGUCUCAACUGGAGCUGCCUGUGAAAUAUGCUGUCUACAUGGUUGUGACCAGUGAUAAGAAUUCUACAAAAUAUGUCAGCUUCACAGCUUCAGAGAUGAGCAGUCAGCUCAUAGAGCAUCAGUACCAGUUCAGCAACCUGGGCCGGAGGAGCCUCCCCAUCAGUGUGGUCUUCUGGAUCCCUGUUGAGCUUAGCAACGUGACUGUAUGGGAUCAUCCCCAGGUCAUCUUCUCCCAGAACCUUUCAAGUGCCUGUCACACUGAGCAGAGAUCCCCCUCUCACUCUAAGUUCCAGGAUGAGCUUGAAAAGACCCCAGUGGUGAACUGCUCUGUUGCGGUUUGUAAGAGAAUCCAGUGUGACCUCCCAUCCUUCAAUGCUCACAAAACAUUCAAUGUCACCCUCAAGGGCAGACUGUCUUUUGACUGGUACAUCAAGACUUCUCAUAACCACCUCCUGCUGGUGAGCACUGCUGAGGUCACGUUUAACAACUCUGCAUUUGUCCUGCUUCCAGGGCAGGAGAUGCUUGUGAAGUCUCAGAUGGAGACCAAAGUGGAGCCGUAUGAAGUUUACAACCCUGUGCCACUCAUUGUGGGCAGCUCCAUUGGGGGGCUGGUGCUCCUGGCCCUCAUCACUGCUGGCCUGUAUAAGCUUGGCUUUUUCAAACGGCAAUACAAGGACAUGAUGAAUGAAGCUGCUCCCCAAGAUGCCCCACCUGAGUAAUGGCCUUUUCUCCAUGGAGUGACCUCUCCAACAACAAGCAUGUCUAGAGGGCCAGACCAACCCCCAGGUCCUGAGGCCGAUAGACAGAUGUGUCCUUUAGGAGACUGUUGCCAUAAUGUCUUAUACAAAAAUAGUUUGGGAUUUCCAUGUGCACGUGUGUGUGUGUGUGUGUGUGUGUGUGUGUGAAUUGUGUGUGGCUAAUGUGGGCAUGUGGGCAAUGUAUUGAAUGCAUCUUCUUGAAAGGAAAGGAAUCUCUUGGGUUUCCUAGUACGUGAGGGCAGAGGCUAAUGGGCCCUUCUCUGGGCAAGGUGAUGGGAUCCUUGUGGCUAAGCAUAGUGAAAUGCUAUGGCUGUCCUCUCUGAAGAAAGUAAUAUUCCUUGCAUGGGUGAGCUGCAUUCUUGCAAGGGUUCAGGUACUGAGAAUCCAAGAGAAACUGGACAUGGGAUACAGAACUGGGGGACUCACAAAGAUGUCCAAUGAAGAAAGAGACACCUCCCACCAGCUAGUCAUUUAUUAUUUUAACAUUAAUUUAAAUAUUUGCAUUGAUUAACCUGUACAUAGUACAAAGAUCAAAAGACACCUAAGAAUGGUAAAAGGCAGAGGAAUGCAGCUUAUAGCAGAGUACUUGUCUAGUGUAUGCAAAGUCUGGGCUUAGCAUUCGACACUGAAAACCAAGGCAAAGCAAAACCAAACCAAACCAAGUCAAAUAGUGUACAGUGAAAAGACUCCAUUCCCAGCUGUUGGGGUCUCUCCUUACGAAUAGUCAAGGCUAUGUGUUUAGAAUCUACUUCAGAAAGAUCGUAUGUAUCUUUAUACACACACACAGACACACAGACAACUGUUUUAAACAAGUGGUAACACACUUGUAUUAUGAUUAUGCAUUUUGUGUUUUUAUUAAUAUGCUCAAAUAAUUUUAUACAAGAUAUAAAGUAGCUCAGAGUACUCCCCUGUGAUUGGAAUGUAUCUGACCAGUCUCCUAUAGAUAAUUUCCAACUUCUCGCUAUUAUGAACAGUGCUGAAUUAAUAAAUUGGACACAUCUAAUUUUUA